GGAGUCUAGAAAUCAACCCAAUUAUCGGUCUGAUUGGCUGUUUACGAAGAUACACUGGCCUAGUAUGAACCUGUCCGGACCCUGGACAAGAUAUCCCUGUAAUCCAUACAGUGCCUAAACCCUAAAACCCAUUGUUUCUAACGUUCGGAGCAAGAAAAAACCCUAAUUAUAAUUGAAUUGAAUCCAGUAGUUGGAGGCGGGAAAUCUGGUUGGACCAAAUGACAGACAACAAACAAUCGCCGUCGAUCUCUGCAAACCCCAAACACUCGCUUGAUCAACGGCCUGUAUCUCCUGAACGUCCAUCAAAGGUCGCAAAAGUAGAGGAGGAGGAGGAACACGCAGAAGAAGAAAAGCAGUCGAAAAGCAUGAACCAAAACCCUAGGAUUCAGAGAUAUUUGGUGGCAAUCGAAUACAUUGGGACUCGAUUUUUUGGGGCACAGCAGCAACCUAAUUGCAGAACAGUCGUUGGUGUACUCGAGGAAGCUUUUCGUAAAUUUAUUGGUCAGCCAGUUUCAAUCUUUUGUUCAAGUCGAACUGAUGCAGGAGUACAUGCCUUGUCAAAUGUUUGCCAUGUUGACGUGGAACGCAUAAGUAAAAGGAAACCUGGUGAAGUGUUGCCACCUCACGAACCUGCAGUGGUUAGAAAAGCUGUUAAUCAUUUCUUACAGAAUGAAGGUGAUAUAAUGGUGAUUGAUGUUCGAUCUGUUCCAGCUAAUUUUCACGCAAGAUAUAAAGCUCAAGAGCGCACGUACUUCUAUCGCUUGCUGUCUGGGCCAGAGCCUUUGAUAAUCUAUGAGAAAGACCGGGCUUGGCAUGUACCCGAGGAGCUGGAUCUUCUAGCUAUGCAGAAAGCAUGCAAAGUUCUUGUUGGACACCACGAUUUCAGUUCCUUCAGGGCAGCUUCUUGCGAGGCAAAGUCACCUAUCAGAACUUUAGAUGAACUCAAUGUUACUGAGGUAGUUUCAACUCCAUAUUUUCCAUCAUUCGCAGAGAGGGAACAAAGCAGUUAUGCUGGAGGUCCUUUUGCAAGCUAUAACAAGGUAAAGACUGAUCUGCCUCGCAAUUCCUCAAUUUCCGAUCAAGAUAAGGUAGAUGGCUCAAAUGGGGAAACAACUCGAGGAUUUGGCACAAGGAGAAGAUACCGUUGCUAUGUGGUAACUGUGAGAGCACGCUCCUUUUUGUACCAUCAGGUCAGAUUGCUGGUUGGUGUUCUCAAAUCUGUUGGCACUGGAGAUUUGACUAUUCCUGAUGUUGAACGCAUCCUGAAUGCAAAGACAGUGACUGCUGCCAGUCCCAUGGCCCCCGCAUGUGGCCUUUACCUUGGAAAUGUGAAAUACGAUCUGCCUUCAGAUAUGUAAAGAGAAGUUGUGGGUUACUUGGUAAAAGUUUAUCGACUUCAAUGGAGAAAUGGCAGAUUGUACCUUGGCAAUGUGAAGUUCGAUCUGCCUUCAGAGAAGUUGUGAAUUAUUUAGUAUAAGUUUAUCUACUUCAAUGGCGGAAUGGUGGAUUGUAGUUGUGUUCCAUCACGAAUUCAUUGGCAUCUAUACCAAUUUUACAGUUUCUGUGGGAAGAUGCAUUAUUGACCCAAGUUCUCAACAGUCCAGAGUAUGAACCCUAUGACGACACACUGGGUUGGGACUUACAUGGUUACAGAAAGAGAUCUCUCAAGAAGAAAAAGGCAUGGAUACUUGUGAACCCUAUUAUGACUUGAUAUGGCAUUAGUAAGUUAGCACAAAACAUAAAAUAGGUACCGAAAAAUGUGGUUGUUUAUUUGGAUUUGUAAUAAUGUGCAUGUACCAUAAAAAAGAAAGGAUCACCUUCGUUUGUUUGGAGUUUGAGAACUUGACUUCUUUUUUUGUUUAUGAAAGGGCAAGGGCGUUUGUCUCGGAGAA